GACAACCGUGCGAGUUUGUCCGCUUGGCAUGGAGGUGGCACUUUACUGCUUUUAUUUACUGCUCUGACAAAAAGCAGCCACGCAGCCAUGUCGGAGGACACGCGGGCCGGGACAGAGAGCGACUUUGAGAAGACUCUCGCUUUAAUUGGCGGCCGUGAGAGGAUAUAUUUGGUGAGUGACGCCUGUCAAAGCAAAGAAGCGGGCGAGAGCGACGCCGGCGUCCUGCAGGAGUUCAUCCGUGAUUUGUUCCACGGCGGAAACGACGGACAGCCGAUUUCCUCCUCCGCUGUGAGCGAGCAAAGCCACGUUUGUACCGCGAAAAGCGGCGGCAACACUCCACUGGAGAAGCGCGAGGAUUUAGGAGCUAACACUCGGGGAAAGACAGCUCGGAGGGAGGUGAGCAGUUCCAGCCUCAGAAGAACCAUCGACUACCCGUCCAUCGUAUUCCUCUUCAGGCAGACGUUCAUCAGCUGCGACCACAACCAAGCUUGCUUGAAGGAGAUACUCAAGGACGUCAAGGCUCGCACUAAACGAGCCGGGAGCGCCACGCCGGCUCUGAUUGGUUUAGUCCGCACCACAGCGGAGAGUACCGAGACCCAAAGGUGUGUGCAGCACCUGGACCGCCUCAUCCGAAACGUGUUCCCAAAACAUGCACCGGAGACUAUUUGGGUGGGCUCCUUCGUCCCCAGCGCGGAGAGCAGCACGCUCAACAUCAAGAGGAACUUCUGCAGAGUGAUCAGUUCUUCUCCUCCAACAGCAGAUAUUACCAGUAAUAGUGGGAACCCGCUUCUGUGGCCAUUCCAGUGUUUGUUCAGGCCUAAUGGAGGAGGAACACCCAACAGUUCUCCAACCAGCAAGCAAAGAGGUGAUUCGGGAAGUAUGGAGGAAAGCAUUCCUUUGAAAUCCAAUUCCACAUCCGCUGGGCCAAAUGAGGAAUCUGCUGGAGGAAACUGCUGAUGUCCCCAACACUAUGGACAAUAAUGUUUUUACUUUGUAGGGACGAGCUGGUCUUAAAAGCCUUCAUGUUGUCAAAGAUAUCCGUCAUGAUGUUCUGCGUCAAUAUACAACACAAGAUAUGCCUGAUUAUGACAUCUCGGGUCACCUUGUGGAUGUAUGCUAUAUAAAUGAAUUACAAUUUAGUUGCACCUUUGACUUUAUUAUGUGUUAUAAAACUUGUGUUGUACAUGAUUUUAUCACUAAAUUAACCAAACUGCUGUAACUCAUGUCUUCCAUAUCUUAUUUGAGCAAUUUUAUUUGAAGUCCUACAAAAUAUAGAGAGUAUCAACUACGAGUUAAUUGACUACAGCGGAGGAGCUGAGCAUUUCUUCUUUUUCCAUACCAUUAUAAAGAAAAUGACCAGAUAUUGUAAAAUGUAGUGCCUUAGAUUUAUGCUUUUGGCAGCUGUAAUAGUAAACAAAUGAGCGCUAACAUUGUAUGUAUUUAUUAGGUUACUGGAUUGUUUAUUGAUAACAUAUAUUUGAAUA